CACACACUUGCACGCAGCCUUGCAGAGAGAGAAAGAGAGAGAGAGAGAGAGAGGGACACAGAGAAGAGGACAACAGAGACACCGGGAGAAGAAAGAGAGCGAUGUCUGCUGAAAAGGCACCUCUUUCUCAGUCACUUGCCGGCCCUCACUAAGACACCAUGGGCUGUAUUGGCUCCCGCACUAUCACGGCAGAUGCAGUUCCUGUAAGGAAAGACGGAGAUCAGGCCUCCAGCAAUGUGGACAAUCCUCUCACUCCUCCUACAGUCUAUUUGCCCCUCUGCCACCCAGCAGAAGGUUUUGCAGAAUUCGCUCACAGACUGCCAGACUGGCAUGGACGGGCAGAGUUUUCUUGGGAAGGAAUCAAUCUGUCUAUGGAGGACACCACCUCCAUCUUGCCUCGUCUCAAACGGAACUCCAACGCCUAUGGGAUUGGAGCUCUGGCUAAGUCCUCUCUGUCAGGUGUGUCAGGUGUGACCAGGUCCAUGAAGGACAAGGUAACUAAACCCACAGCUAUGGCUCAAGGCCGUGUAGCCCACAUGAUUGAGUGGCAGAGUUGGGGCAAACCAUCUGCUGGGCCACUAGGGGGAGCAGGUCUUUCCAACCUGCACCGCGAGAGGGAACGAAGACUUGAGAAUGACGCCUACAGUGACCUAAGUGACGGGGAGAAGGAGGCACGAAUGGCUGCUGGAGUGAUGCAGCAAUUUGCAAUCUCUGAGGCCACAUUGCUGGCCUGGAAUUCUAUGGAUGGGGAGAGCUUCUGUGCUGACUCCAACCAGGGCAGUGUAGCACACCUCAGUGAAGUUAAUCAGGAGAGCAUUACCAGCAGAGAUCAGCCUUUGCACCAUUCAUCUGCAGAAGUGUGGCCUCACACCUAUGUGUCCCAGGGUCUGUACUGCCUUUCAUCCUCUGAUGCCUGGGAGCCAAUCAGCAAUGAGCUAUCAGGCAUGGCGUCUCCUGCUGCUGGCUCCUACAUAGCUAGUGGGGCUUCUGGAGAAGGCUAUGAUUGCUCCACCCACUAUCUGUCCCAGCAGCAGCUUGCACUUCAGCAGCAGAGCCACUUACAGCAGCUGCAGCAGAUGCAGCAGUACCAGCAGCAGCAACUCAUGCAGUACCAGCAACAGUCACUGGAACAUCGGCUACACAGCACCUCCCAUUCUUUGCAAGCUACGCCCAAUAGCACCAUUCAUAGCUUGGGUCCACCCACUCAUCCACGACUGGCUGAUUUGUGGGCAGCAGCACAAGUGGAGCCACAUCAGAUGGAAAUAAUGGGACACAUGAACAUAACCUUGGCAGAAAUGGGCACGCCGGAACCAUAUGGUGAGGAAUUUGUUACAGAAAAUGAGUGCAUCCCUGAGCAACAAGAGGAGGAGGAAGCCAAGGAGGAUGACGUCACAUUAACAUUGGAACCUGAGGCAAUGUCCAUGGUGCCAGUUUUGACCUCACAGCCUCAUAGAGAGGGUCCAGUGCCUGGUUGUGUGAGCCCACCCCUGUCACACGCAGAGCCAAUGCCUGAGCACAUGGCCUUCGAGGUCACAUCCUGCAUCAUCCAAUCCCUGGAAGAGAAGGAAGAGGAAGUGGAGGAAGGGGCUGUGGUUGUCGUGGCGACCAAUUAACAGCUUUUUUCAGGAGGGUCACUAAGGAAGAGUUUCAAAAAUGGGACCGUCUUUACUGAAAUAAUCAACUAAUUACACUAAUGUAUAACCACCCAAACCCAAGGUGUAUGUUCUCAUUUUUUUGUCAAUCAAACAGGAGGACUCCGCAGUGAGAUGCAAUGAUUUAUAUGUUCUUAAAAGUGAUAAAGGAUAUAAUUAUAAAACUGCAUUCUUUAAAUGCAGGGACACACUAACAGACAUGAUAAGAGCAGAGAUGUAGAGAUGAAACUAUGUGAUAUGUUGACCAGGGGAAGGACACGUUUAAAAGAAACUAAAGAAAACAGUGCAAUACAUACAAACAUACAAAGACAACCAAAAGAAAGUGCAUGCAUUCUGAAUAUUUAAGUGACUGAAUUACCAGUAUACAUAUAGUAAUAACUGAAAUUGAUUUUUGUAAUAAAAUUAAAAGCCAACAAAAUAUGAUGUAUUUCUAUGUACAUACAAUAUGUAUGUUUCUAUGUAUGUGUGUGUAUGUUGGUAUGACUGUAUGAUUGCAUGUAUGUAUAAAGGUAUAUUCUCAAAACCA